GUGUGGUGUUUUGUUAUUUGGAUCAAGACAGUUGCUUUAAUGGGUGUUGCACUCAUAAACAUAUGCAGAGUAUAUAUAUCACUAGGCGAAGUGGAGCCUACUCUGCGAUUUGAAAUUACAGCAGGUGCAUCGCAUAUAACAAUAAACCAAAAGGAUUCUCUUAACUUUCUGUGUGGGUUGAUUUAUCAAAUAAUGGACUGCAUGUACAACAAAAGAUUCUUUUUUCUAAAUUAUUUUCAGAGAGCUUUAGUUAAAUUAUUCUUCACUUACAUAUUUUAG